GAGAGCGGCCCGAGCAGAGGAAGGGGGUGGGCCGGCCGGCUCGCCUGUUGCUCUCCCGCUGCCCUUUUCUGCGGGAGCGGUGCUGGGGAGUUGAGAAGAGCGUGGGGCUGCCAGGAGCGAGGGGCCUGUCUUCGCUGAGACGCUGUUGUAGCUCCAGGGCGCUUUGGUUAAGCUGACGCCAGUGAGUGCUCAAAGCGCGGAUACUGCAAGCUUUUUGAAAACUAUAUAUGCUUCAUAGAAAAUCUGCAGCAGCUAUGAAGCAAAUUAAAACCUGGUGAAGCUUUUAAAGCACCUCGUAGCUGCUGCCUUUCAUGCAAGCACUUCUGAAUUGCUUUAGAGAAAACUCUUAAGCCUGCUUGCCUUAAUGAGUAAAGACAAACUUCCUCUGAUCCUGGGUAUGAUAAAAGUUAAUACAGUUAGAUGCAAGUCAAAUAGAAGAGGUUACAAGUAAUAUAAGUUGUCUUACUGUAAGUAGAAAGCCAAUGGCAAUCUUACUCAGACUUGGUCACUGUAACAGAAGGACUGGCUGUAAGCCUUAUCUCUUCUGGCAGCAACUUGUUUUGAAGAUUUCACCGAUGGAGCUGCCUGGCCUUGCUUUUGCUGUUUGGAUGUUUAUUUGCUUCUAUGCAUCUGUGGAUAGCUAUCCAAGUGGAAAAAUAAGAGAAGCCUGCACUAGCAUGAUACCCUGUCAUGGUAGCUCUCCACAACUGUCACCUGAGCACACCAUUACAGUGAAUGGGACUGAAUUUAAACCAGGGGACAACAUAGAAGUUCAUCUGUCUGGACCAGAUUUUGAAGGGUUUUUCAUACAAGCCCGGGAUGCAGAACACCUGGAUAGCCCUGCAGUUGGUUCUUUCAUGUUAGUUGACCGGAAACUUUCUCAGCUUCUGACAUGUGGCCGUAUCAAGAAUUCAGCUGUCAGUCACACAAGUAAAGCAAAAAAGAAAUACAUAAAAGUUUAUUGGAUUGCUCCUGGAGAUGCACCAAAACGUGUACGGUUUCUAGCCACAGUUGUGAAGAAAUACAAGACUUUCUGGGUGAAGAUUCCUGGUCCCAUUGUUUCUCAGCCUAAUGCACUGUCCCCAACAACACCCUUGCAUGCAACAUCAGAGGCUAUAUCAACUUCACAUUCGGUUUCCUACUUAUCAAAGCCAUUUAAUGCAUCAGGUUGUGGAAGUAUGAAGUUCUGCAUUAGGAACCCUUCAAACUGUGAUCCUGAAAGUGCUUCCUGUUUUUUUCUAUCCUUCCAAGAAGAGAAGAGUUCAGUAUUUAUUGAAAUGAGUGGUCCAAGUGAAGGAUAUUUAGCAUUUGCAUUGUCCCAUGACCAGUGGAUGGGUGGUGAUGACGCAUAUCUGUGCGUUAAUGAGGACCACCGUGUUCACGUAAGCACUGCCUAUCUGAAGGGGAGAAGUCCUCCUGUUUUGGAUUCAGAGAAUGCGCUUGAAGAUGUGUCAUGGAGGCUUGUGGAUGGUGUUCUUCAAUGUUCCUUCAGAAGGAGUAUUAGUCUUCCUGCUUACAAAGGGAGGUUUAAUCUGAAUGCCAGUUACUACAUCUUUCUGGCAGAUGGGGAAGCUAGUGAAGGUGGACUAAUAUACAAACACCGUCAUCAGCCUCUGAUCACCAAUGGAAUAUACAAUGUCACAGGCCUUCCUCAGGAUAUUGGAGGUUCCAGGUCCCCGCAACUUAUCAAGGCUCAUGGAGCGCUAAUGUUUGUUGCUUGGAUUACCACAGUUAGUAUUGGUGUUAUUGUUGCACGAUUCUUCAAACCUGUCUGGUCUCAUUCAUUCCUGUUUGGAAAGGAGAUGUGGUUUCAGGUGCAUCGUGUGCUCAUGUUGACCACAGUCAUGCUUACAAGCAUUUCUUUUGUGUUGCCUUUUAUAUACCGAGGAGGUUGGAGCCAACAAGCAGGUUUUCAUCCCUAUCUCGGCUGUACUGUGAUGGCUCUGACAAUCUUUCAACCACUUAUGGCAGGUUUCAGACCAUCUCGUCAUGCACCAAGGAGGCAAUUGUUUAACUGGUUUCACUGGAGUACUGGUACAACAGCUAGAAUACUAGCUGUCGUGACUAUGUUCUUGGGAGUGGAUCUACCAGCACUUGACCUGCCAGACCCAUGGGACACAUAUACAAUGGUUGGUUUUGUAGCUUGGCAUGUCGGUAUUGAGAUUCUUCUGGAAAUACACAGCUACUGUCUCAUACGUAAAGUUGAAGUGAUAGAGGAUGACAGAGUACAGAUACUGCAGUCACUCACAUCUGCAGAAGCAGAGGGUCGUCUGUUCAAACAGGUUGUGUUAACCAUCUAUGUCUGUGGAAAUAUAGUAUUCCUCAUUGCCUUCCUGGCAGCAAUCAACCACAUAUGAAAUAAGUCAUUGAGAAUUUUGUGAUGAAAUAUUGUGCAGUUGAAAAACCUGCAAGGAAUGCUUUCUAUUACAACUUUUCCCUCAACACCUCCCUGAAGAUGUAAUUGAAGAAUAAUAGCACGUGUGCAUCAUGCUUGGUGUUAGGGAGAACUUGAAUUCAAAUCUAUAGAAGGAUGCUGCAGUUCUGCAAAAGCUGCCUUCUGAUGGGACUUUUAAUGAGAGUCUUUGCCUGAGUAAGGAAUGAAGUCUCUAUUUUUUUAAGUGCGGUAAUUAACUUGAUUGAAGCUUAUAGGUUAAGAAGACUGAAAAGAUGUGCUGAAAAUGCUGUUUUGAUAGUCAGUUCCCUAAACCUUUUGUGAAUAUUAUUGGGAAAACUGGAAAGAUUGAUCCGGAAUCCAUCAUAUCUGUUCACUUUACUGUGUUCUAAUGGCAUGUGAUGUGACAACUUCCUGCUCGUGACAGUUUUGUGCAUGAAAAAAAACAGGAGUGAGAAACUGUCCCAAAUGCAGGUUGAUACAUGAGCCAAAUGCAGUUGUCCGUCUUUGCAGUUAAAUGCAAAAAAUAUUCUCUCUGCUCUAAGAGCAGUACACUUAGAAGCAUAUAAGUUUGGGAACUUCACUCCUUUAGUAAAACCACCAUUUGCCUCACCUAAAAUACUGUUCUGUCCCAUCCCCCUCAGUGCUUCUAAACCAUUAAGAGAAAACAUGUUUGCAAUGUAAGUGCAUUAAAACCAGUUGUACUUAGCCAAAAGUCAAACAGGAAGGACCUAUCCGUGCGUGUGGAUUUCUGUGUUUUUCUGUCUUUGGUUGCUUGUGGCUUCUGAAUUACUUUUCUGUGUGAAUAAGAUGGAUUUAUGCCACUUGAUGCUUAAAUAGAAAUGAAAAUAUUUGCUCAAGAAUGUUGCAGUUGUAUUUGCACUAUUGAACGAACUGUAGAUUAGGAGCCGAUUUGACUUCAGGAAAAGCAGCUUCUGUUAAUGUGAAGUGAGGGUCCUUUGAGCUGGCAUAUCUAGGAGACAGAACUGUCUUCAUAAGAAUAUGGGAGGGUGUUUUUUUAGUCAAAAGAUUUAUCUAAAUAUAUGAACUAGGUACAGGGAAUGGAAGGAGACUAUAUUGUUUAACUUUUGGUUCAUGAUUUGUCUUAAGUAUGGAAGGACACUCUUGAAAUGGCAUCUCAGAAAUGAACCCUUAAUAUGCCAUGCAGUACAGUGCUUUGCAUUUGGUUUUUUUCAGCUCUGAAAGUUUGCUUCCACAGUUCUUCAUUUUUGAUACUGGGAAGUAUUGAUUUUUAGUUUUAAUGCUUCAAAAUAUAUCUUCAGCCUAGGGCUACUAAGCUAGCUGGGAAUAAAGGUGUUGGAGUAUUGGAUAGAAUAGUAAAUAGUGAGGCCUGGCUUGGUGUAGACUAUUACAGCAACAUCUCUCUAGUACCUGAUGGCCAGCUCUAAAAUACUUUUAUGUGUGGGUCAGGUAGUGGUUCUCUCCAUUUACUAAAGCUGUCUAUUUCUGUCUCUUCCUCCAUCUCCCCAAAUCCACAGUACAGCCUGUUGCAGGGACAAGUCCUAUUCAGAAAGCUACAAGUUUGUGUUUGUAGUCAGUGUUAUUUUUGGCUGCUCAAGUAACUGGUUUAGGUAUAAGCACUGGGAUUAAUCCCUUUGUCAUCAUCAGCAGACUGCAAGUGAGUGUAAGCUGAAUCAUCCCCCUUCUUCCUGGAAGCUGGAAAAGUCGUGCAGAUUGGGAAAGGGGGACUAUGAAGAAAUAUGGCAAAACACAGGCUGAAGUGUAAGAGGCAUAUGGCUGGCUAAUUGUGUGGGUUUGUCUUUUUUGUUUGUUUGUUUUUUGAGAACUCUGAUCUCAAGAGCCUGGGAAUCACAGGCCCACCUAGUACUGAAGUUUUGGGGGACUCUUUCAUAUACCAUGAGUUUAUAGAAGAAAAUCUCUCAACCUAGGCAUGAUUGAUGGCUUUUUAAAUUAAGGUCAAUGCUGGAUUCUUUCUGUAAUACAGUAGCUGUACUGUGUAUUGUUUCAUUUGCAUGGACAAUGAACACAGGGUUUUUAAAACAUGAAUGUAAAUGUCUUAAUAAAAGGUUUUGUCCCUCUUAGUAAGAUGAAAACACCAUUAAAAUAGAAACUAGAAAAGAAUAGUCUUGCCUAGCAGCAAAAUGGAUUGUCUGUUUUCUUUAUAGAUGUUGUUUUAUAAAUUAAAGCUAUCUAAAUGCU